UCGAAAUUCCUUACAAUUUACAAGAUAUUUAUUUCCAACGGUAGAAAUCCGAUCCUUCCGAACGGCCGACGAGUCGUGUCCUAUGUCAUUGUUGCAUUUGUCCAUUUUCAGACUCGUGUGGUAGUAGUCCAUGUUGAGGCUUGUCCUUAUCGCCGCUGUGGCCGUGACCGUCGUUGAAGCAUGCACAGUGAUCGUCGCUGGUAGGAACGCCACAGUGGACGGAUCGGUGCUCGUCGCCCACACGGAAGACACAGGCCUUGGGGCAAUGGACCUGCGCUUGGUUCGCGUGCCAGCAAUGGACCACGCACACGGGUCCACGCGAAGCAUCUACUCAUACGCGCGUCCAGGGUACCCCCGCAUCGUGUCCAAUGAGCGGGGUGACUGGUACAAGCCUGUGAACGACCAGCAGGCGCUGUCCACGCCGCUCGGCCACAUUCCCCAAGUCAAGCACACGUAUGCGUAUUUCGACCAAGACUACGCCCUCAUCAACGAAAAGCAACUGGGCAUGGGGGAGAGUUCGUGCGGGGCCAAGACCGUGGGAUGGGCACUGGGGCAACCCGGGGGAAAGAACUUGUUCAGCAUCAACGAGCUCACGAAAGUCGCGCUCGAGCGGUGCGACAAUGCGCAGUGCGCUGUGAAAACCAUGGGCGAUCUCGCGGUCGAGUACGGGUUCUACAACGACUUCAACGGGAACAUCACGCAUCCCGUGUACAUGAGCUCCGGGGAGGCCUUGGCAAUCGGGGACAAGUACGGCGAAGCAUGGGUGUUCCAUGUGCUUACCGGUCCGGGCAACGGCAGCGCCGUGUGGGCCGCCCAACGUAUUGCUGACGACCACGUGUCGGUCAUCGCGAACGGGUUUGUGAUCCGGGAGAUGGACCUCUCCGACUCGUCCCGCUUCCUCGCGUCCACGAACGUGCACACGUUUGCGCGGGACAUGGGCUGGUGGGACCCCGACAUCGACGGGCCGUUCGACUUUACCGCUGCGUACGGGUACUCCAAGGAAGGUCCGUUGCUUCCUCUUUACGUCGGACGCCGCGUGUGGCGGGUCAUGGACGUGGUGGCGCCGUCGCUGAAGCUGCAACCCGAAUGGGGCUUUUACCCGACAGUGGCCACGUACCCGGUAUCCGUCCGUCCGGAUCGGUUGAUUUCGGUAACAGACGUCUUCAACCUGUUACGAGAUCAUUUCGAAGGCACGCCAUUUGAUUUGACCCAAGGAAUCGCCGCAGGUCCAUGGGGCAAUCCGAACCGCAACGGCGGGACCACAUAUGGCGUCGGCGGCGGCUGGGAGCGCGCCAUCUCGCUGGAGCGCACGGUGUACAGCUUUGUCCACCAAGCGUCUCGAACACCCGUAGCGGACGCUAUUGGUGGCGUCAUGUGGUACGGGUUGUCGUCGCCACAUGGAUCCGUGUACGUGCCGUUCUCGUGCGCGCAGUCGACGGUGCCGCCCUCGUAUACGAGUGUCCGGCAGAGCCAGUUCAGUCGCGAGUCGGCGUGGUGGGCGUUCAAUUUUGUCAACAACUGGCUCACGCUGCGGUACAACGUCAUGUACCCCGAGGUGUGGGCUGCCGUGACCAAGAUGCAAGCCGACGCCAUCGAGCGGUACGAGACGUCCCGAAAGUAUAUUGUUUCGAACACCACCAGUGUUUCGGACGCGGUCGCGUACGUGGAACAAGCACACAACGCGUUUGCUACUGACGUAGUGAACGCGUGGUGGACAUUGGGCGACCACCUUAUGAGCAAGUACAGCGGCGGCGCCGUCGUCACGGGCGAAGACGCAGCCAAUCAGAUCACAACGCCAUACCCCAAGUGGUGGAUUCAGCUGACGCAGUUUUCAAGCUGGCCGGGUAAGUCGCUGCAUGUGCCCGUAUCCCUUCGAAGUUGGCAGCAUGACACGUCCAGCGUGGGAGUGACGGGGGUAUCCGUCGCCCUCAUGGGUAUCUCGGUCACGGGGCUCGUGGCCAUGGGUGCCAUUCUGUAUGGGCACCGGCGGCAGCGGCAGUAUCGCCAGCUGGCAUGAGAAUAUGGAAGAUUUGAGGCAUCAACGAAUCCAAGGACGACGAUAGACACUUCGUAAAUGUGAAAAUAGACAUUUCGUGACUGUCGAAGAGUUGGAUGAAAAAUUGGUAAAUAAUUGACCGUUUUCGUUGAUA